CUGUCGUCGCUGAUCUACCGGUGGGCGAAAACCUUCAGGACCAUAUGCACGUCAACGGCAUCGCUGGCACGCUUCGUUGGCCAACCGGCAUUAACGUUUUCAGGCUUUCGACGGUGACUAACUACACGUUGAAGCGCUCAGGUCCAUUUUCCAUCCCUGGAUCCAUUGAAGCUCUUGCGUUUGUUAGUACGUCGUUCGUGAAUGAAUCGAUGGAAUUCCCGGAUGCAGAGAUCGCCUUGCAGUCGCUGCCUUCAUCAGCGCUACCUUUGGAAUGCUACCUGUCAAGUACGGCUCUACGGAAAGAUGUUUACGACCAAUAUUAUUUGCCCAAUCGAGGACGGCACGGAUUUGCUCUGGUUCCUGUGAUGAACAGGCCGAAGUCUCGGGGUUAUGUGAAAUUGAGGACAGCUAACCCAUUUGACCAUCCCAUCAUCGACCCAAAGUACUUGACCCAUCCUGACGACGUUAAAGCGGCAGUUGAAGCGGCCAAGAUUGCGCUGCGCCUCAUGAAGAGCGAUGCCAUGCGGGCCGUGGGAGCGAAACCUUGGAACAUCCCUCUGAAAUCGUGCGUCUCGGAAGGAGAAGUGUGGAGCGAUCCCUACCUGACCUGCCUUGUACGGCACUUGGCUCACACCACGUGGCACGCCUGCUGCACGUGUCCCAUGGGCUCGGAUGAAAGAUCCGUAGUGGACUCUAAGCUAAGGGUUUGGAGUUUGAAGAACCUGCGCGUCGUGGACGCAUCUGUCAUGCCAACGAUAGUAACUGGAAAUCUGAACGCGCCUACCAUGAUGAUUGCCGACAAAGCAUCAGCCAUCAUUCUUCAAGAUAAUCCGUAGUUCAAAUUACUGGCCUAUCAAACACAAGCUUGGUUCUUUCUCUCAUCGUUGGGGCUACGUUGACAAAGCGAAGUAAAAAUACUGAGCUGCUAGAACGUUGGAUUUUGUAGUAUAUGACAGUCAGUGCUCAUUUAUGUUACGUUUUAUUAUUUUAAGCAGUAACCGUUAAUAAUUACGAUUUCCUAGCGUGAAGGUAACGUUGUUUCAGCAUUGCUGAUAGAGAUUCAUGUAUGCUGGUCAAGAAGCAUAUUUUAUUUUAACGCGUACGUCACUGCCACAAUCAAGAUAUGACCAGCUCGGUGAACCGUUUCGCCUCUCUUCGAAAAAACCACCUCAUGCAGUCAUUUCCAUUUUCUGUCCGAAUGUUCUGCCGCGGAUA